UCCUUGUUUAUAUCUUCUCUGAUCAUGUUCUUGGUAGUCUUAUCAGAAUCCACUACAAACGACUCUAAUUACAUCUAUGUCCAAUGUUCUCCGCUCUAUUUCGACUCAAUGACUCCUUACGAGUCCAAUGUCAACUCACUAUUCACUUCCUUAGUCGACUCGUCCUCUGUCUACAAUUUCAACAAAUUCCAAAUCUCUCCUCCCAGCGGAAACGACGACGUUGUGUAUGGUCUCUUCCAAUGUCGAGGCGACCUAAGCUCUUCCAACUGCAAAGAGUGCGUGACCAGUUCCGUAAAUCAACUAAAGACAAAUUGUCCAGUUUCAACGGGUGGUGGAAUACAAUUAGACGGAUGCUUGGUGAAAUACGAUAAUUCAUCUUUUUUUGGAGCCGGGAACAAGAUGGAGGUAUCAAAGAGAUGUGGGCCUUCAGUUGGUUACGAGUAUAACUCAGACGUCUUGAACCGCGUUGAUGCUGCGUUGGCAAAUCUAAUCGCGGGGAAUGGGCAAUACUUCCGUUCGUGUGAUUAUGGAAGCAUACAAGGCGUGGCACAAUGCGUCCAAGAUUUAAGCGCAAGCGAUUGUCAAGAUUGUCUUUCGGAGGCGUGUGGGCGGUUGAGAUCAGCGUGUGUGACCUCCACUUGGGGCGACAUGUACUUAGGAAAAUGUUAUAUAAGAUAUUUUGAUCAUGAUAGUGAUAGUAGUCAUGAACAUGAAGGUAUCUCUAGUUCCAAUAAAAGCAGUAGUAGUGAAGGAGGAAGCGGCAGUAGUGACGUACUGCAAUGGAUUGGCAUUAUUCUUGGAGCCAUGACUGCUACAGGAGGUGUGACUGCCUAUGCUGUCACUAACCACAACGAAAACCGCAACAUCAAUGAUAUAAAAGUUACUUUGGAAUCAUUCAAAGAAAAAGCAACAGAGGUCGUCAAAAGGACGCGACGCAGAGUUCGACGAGAUAAGCCAGAAGGCAUAGAACAUCCAGCAGGCGGGAUGUAUUCGGACAAUGAAGACGACAUAGACAACGCCUGUACAAUAAUGUAAAUUAUCAAUGUGCUUAAAGUAAUUAAAAGCUAUAAAUUAAUGAAUCUCUGCUAAGUGUAAAUCUAUCUCUAAUAUUUAUCAUUGUGUGUGUUUUGUAACAUUAUUUGUAACGCGCUAU